AUGUCUACAGUGCCUAACUUCAAAUUGAACACCGGCUCGUUGAUGCCCGCAGUUGGGCUGGGCUGUUGGGGAGGUUUCACAAAGGAAGACCGUGUACAGGCGGAAUCCUGGAUCUUGGCAGCGUUGAACGCCGGAUACAGGCACGUCGAUACCGCUUGGCUCUAUGGCACUGAACCGUAUGUCCGUGGGGCGAUCAAGCAAUCUGGAGUUCCUCGCGAGGAGAUCUGGAUUACAACCAAAUUACCAUGGCAUCAUCCAGGCAAUCGAACUGUUGAGCAGUCGCUUGACGAAAGUCUCCGAAAUUUAGGCACCGACUACGUCAACUUGUAUCUUCUGCAUUGGCCGCAAGUGAUUGACUGGCCUGACGUGGACGUUGAUUUUGUGAGAGAAAUUAAGGCACGCGACCAGCCGACCUUCAACGAGACUUGGGCGGGUAUGGAAGAGAUGUAUAAGAAGGGGAAGGCAAAGAAUAUCGGUGUCAGCAACUUCUCGAUAAAGACUCUGGAGCAGCUGCUCACCACGGCAAAUAUCGUACCUGCUGUGAAUCAAGUGGAAUUGCACCCAUACCUCGCGCAGGAAGAACUCAAAGCUUAUUGCGACUCCAAGGGCAUCGUCCUGGAAGCCUACACACCUACUGGCUAUGGCGAUGUUCGGUCUGACCCGCUGAUCGUGGAGCUCGCAGCGAAGUACAAGGUAUCGCCGGCACAGGUUGUCCUGGCGUGGCAUCUUGCUCGCGGAAUUGUCAUCGUGCCGAAGAGCGCAAACGCGGAGAGGCAGAAGGAGAACAUCAAUCUGCCGAUGCUCGAGCCGGAGGACGUGAAGCGCAUAAUGGCCCUUAAUCGUGGUCAGCGCCUAUGCAACAAGCCAGACGCCAACAACGUAGUGCAUGGGUGGACCGUGGCACAGCUGGGGUGGUGA